CCGAUUUUUACAUUUUACUUUACAUGUGUGAAAUUUAAAUGAAAGCUAAGAAAUUUAUUGAUAUAGGCGCGAACCUCACAGAUAGUAUGUUCAAAGGUGUAUAUAAUGGUAAAAAAUAUCAUGAUAUUGACUUGGACAGUGUUAUAAAGAAGUCUUUUGAAUUUGGUUUAACCAAAAUUUUUGUAACAGGUGGCUCAUUGGAUGAAUGUAAAGAAAGUGUAGACUUAGUUAAAAAUUAUGAAAAUUUAUAUACAACUGUUGGCUGUCACCCCACAAGAUGUCUAGAAUUUGAACAAAAAUAUACUGAUUCACAAAAAUAUUUUAAUUAUUUAUCAGAGCUAAUCAAAGAUAACAAAGACAAAAUAAUUGCGAUUGGUGAAUAUGGGUUAGAUUAUGAUCGUCUCAAUUUUUGUAGAAAGGACAUUCAAAUCAAGUAUUUUGAAAUGCAGUUUGAACUCGCUAGGAUACAUCAAUUGCCUUCAUUUCUGCAUAGUAGAAAUUGCCAUUCUGAUUUUAUAGAAAUUCUCAAAAAAAACAUAGAUGUGAUUGAUAAAUUUGGUGCUGUGGUACAUUCAUUCACUGGAACUCCAGAGGAAGCGGAAGAAUUGCUUAAGUUAAGUCCCAAAAUAUAUAUUGGAAUUAAUGGGUGUUCACUCAAAACGUCUGAUAACCUUAAAACGGUGGCACAAAUUCCACCGAAUAGGAUACUCAUAGAAACUGAUUCGCCCUGGUGUGAAAUUAAAUCAACCCACGCCAGUCAUCAAUAUAUUAAAACUCAUUUCAAAUCCAAGAAAAGGGACAAAAUGAACCCUUGUAAAAUGAAUACAAAAGAUAAAAACUCAAAUGAAAACUCUUUGAUUAAAGGUAGAAACGAGCCUUGUACUCUCGUCCAAGUUCUGGAGGUUUUAGAGGCCAUUUUUUCCAGUUCUAGCCAACCCCCCGAUGAUUUAGCCGAAAUUAUCUAUCAAAAUACGCUAAAAUUAUUUUUCCCUUCUUGAUAAAUUUUUAAUUCUUAAAAAUGUAUAUCAUAAUUAAAGCUAUUUUUUUGAAGAAUAGAUUCAUUUUUUUUUGGGGGGGGGGGCCUCUAAAAAAUAUUAAUAAAUUAACUUGUUGAAAACAAACGAGUAUUUCAUUUAUUUACGCAACUCAAAAAAUAACCAGAAACCAUGAGAAUAUAGACAAUAGUGAAAAUUAUUGUCUUUUUAACCUGGAUGGAAUUUCAAUAGGGUAGUAUAGUCAUUGUCAGAGUGGUUCAACUGGAUUCGUCCCCUUAAAAUAUAGGGCAUAUAUCAUAGUUUAUUUAAAUAUCGCUUUUAAAACUGAAGUUCAAUUGAUUAUGAGGCCGGUGUUAUGGUUUGGAUACAUAGAAGAAUACCAUCAGGGAGAAGUAAUCUUAAUGGUAACGGGAAAUGAAGGAUACCUGACCAGUGAAAAUGAAGCGAUUUGGGGAUAGAGGGUAUAGUUGUUAGCACGCAAUAGAUUUUACAAGAUAGAGAAAGAAUUAAAGUGAAAAGUUUUUAUGAUAAAGAGUGUCGUGACAUCGCAAUCCAG